AUGGACCACAUGCCUGAGGCGUCCUCCUCCACCGGCCCGCCACCCGUCGCUCUUCAAGCAACUUUUGUCUUCGACUCUGGUCUCUCGCGCGAGCGCUACGUCGAGCUCAUUGGACACAAUGGCAUCGUCAACAAGAUUGUGCAGCGCCUGAUGCAAAAAUCGGGCAACAGCGAGCAGACCCUGCGUCUGAAUUUGAUCAUCACCGCGCAAGAAGCGCCGUACCACAAUCCGCGCACGCUUCAUUCGGUGCUUCCCUCAUACCGCCAAGACUUCCGACGCCCGUCAGCCUUUCUCACGUCGCUCCCGGCACUGGUGAGACAUUUCACUCCGCACGCCGCGCUCGCCCCGCCCAAGCAGGGCUCGAUCCUGACGAGCAUCUGGGACACUGAGGAUGGCGCUGGCCUCAGUAUCAGCGCGAGCGAGCCUGGGUUGAGCGACCGCUUCCUCGGCGGGCUGGUCGGUGGCAUCGAGCUGCUCGAACACCAUUCGCUACCCAGCUCCGUGUCCCCACCCAACGUCCUCCAGCAGAUGACGCCCGAGUCAGGUCUCCACAUGCUGUCGAUGUACUACGCGCCGCACCGGUCGCAGACACAGGAUCCAAGGAAGCAAUAUCUGGUUGUGUUCACCGAUAAGGCGAGCUUGGCUGCGAUCGACGCGGACACGAGGGCCGUGGGCCACUGGGCGCGCGAGGACAGCUCUGCAGCGUAUGAUGACGUCGACUGGGACAACAUUGGCGACCGUUGUCGGAGCAAGGACGUUGCAUGUUCGUGUAUCAUCCUUGGCUCAUCAGAAGGAGGACGGUCGACGACUGCGCCGUUCGGACGGGACGGAUCGACCGCCGAGAAGCUGCGCAAGAUGUGCCAGGCGAGCAGCGCCGACGGCCCCGAUGACGUGUGGUUCACGCUCCCACCAGACUCGGAAGUGUAUUUGACAGGAAUGCCCGUCAAGAGCAACGCCUCACCGCCACCUCCUGUCCCGGCCCCACCGGAGAUCAAGGCUGUUCUGCCAACCGCGCCCUCCUCACAACCUGCGGCGAAUGGUCCGACAGAAGCACAGAUCCAGUAUCAACAGGCGCAGAAGGCGGCGAUGGCUGCCAAGAUGGCACAGGCUGCUCAAGCGCAGGGAGCACAGGGCAGCUCGUUCAACGCAUUGGCUCAGCUCAUCUCGAGUGGACGAUUGGAUCCUGCUGUCAUGACCCAGUUGGCUGGCAGCAUCCGCUCCUCUGACAUGAGCGUUCGUCAGAAGGCGAUAGCACAGUUGAGCCAACUCGUGAUCCAGGCGCAGCAAAACAAGGGACUGGGAGCGGCAAGUGCCAACACGGUCGGCAACGCCAACCCCAACAAUCCGAUCGCAAACGCCAAUGGCGCCAACAAUGCCGCCGGUACUAGUGCACCGGCUGUCCCAGCCGCUGUCAAUCCUACAAAUGCGGGGUCGACCGCGAACCUCACGCAAAACGCUCCAGGGGCAUCCGCGCCGAACAUCACCAUUCCCAACAUGAACAAUCCUUCGGCAAUGUCCCAGCAGCAGUUCGCGGCUGCGAUGCAGUCACGGCAGCGAGCCAUGCAGGCGCACACGAACCAGCAGAUGGUGCAGCAGCAGAACCAACUGGGCCAGACUCAGACGCAACAGGGCAACCAGCAGAACUUGACGGGCCAGAACACGCCUGCAAACCAGAACCAGAAUCAAAACCCUCAGCAGAACGCGCAGGCGACUGCACGGACGACCCAGGAACUGUUGAGCCAACAGCAGGCUCUCCUCCUCCAGCAGCGACAGAAGCAGCUGGCGCAGCAACAGGCUCAACGAGCGCAACAGCUGAACGCGCAGACCUCGCAAGGGCAACAAAGUCAAGCGCAGAACACCGCGCAGCCAAACAACGGACAACAGAUGCGGGCGCCGAUUUGGACCGGUACGAUCAGUUGGAUGCUCAAGGGUCAAGAGCGCAGCAUCAUCCCCGUACAGUGCACUGUGCUUAACCAAAUGAUGAAUCCGGCCGACCUACUGCUGCAGCAGUGGCCUCAAAACCUCGAGAUGUCGUCAAUGAUGCCUAUGGUCAUGGGCGACCUGCAGACGUACGUUAAGGCGAACAACGCACCCUGUGUGCUGUUCAGCGUGUCGCCACAUGCAAGCCCCGACGCCAAGGCAAAGAUGAACUAUCUUGGAGCGAGCCUGCAAGCGAAGGGCCUUGCAGCCUUCAUCAAGUUUGGCAACCCAGGUUGCGGGAUCCUCCUUGUGUCGACCAGUCGCGGUCCGCCAACGCCUGGCAACGACCAGGGCAAUCGUCUCCUCGGCGUCGUGUGCCUCAAGCAACCGCACCCGGCGUUCAACCCCGCUGCUGCCGCAAACCAGAACACCGCCCCCACCCAAACGCCCCAGCCGCCCGUGACGAUUAACGGGAACGCCAAUAGCGGCGCAUUCCAGAACGUGCCAAACAUCUCGCCCCAAUUCCUGCAGAACUCGCUGCUGCAGAACCCGCUACUGGGCAACUCUGCGCGGCCCACACCCGCGCACUCGCGCACGCCGAGUCUAAGCCAGCCGACGCAGCCGCAGGCGCGUCCGAGCACGCUGCAGCAGUUUGCCAACCAGCCGAACUUGCAGACGCUGCAACAGCUGCAGAUGCGGCAGCUCGCCGCGACGACGCCACAGCCCCAACGCCCUCAGGCGCCAAUAGCCUUCACCGAGCAGCAGAAACAGGGCAUCAUCAAGCUGCUGCGUGACGCCAACAUCAACGUGACGGAGAACUUCGACCCCAACCAGAUCCCCCGCGAGACGCUCGCCCAUAUAAUCGGUUCUGCGAAGGAGAAGGCCAAGCAGAACAUGUUGAAGGGCGUGAGCCAGAACCAGGGCCAGGCGGGCCCGGCGCAGAACAACCCCGGCCUGGGUCUGGGCGGCGGCGUUGGCCAAGUCAACCAGGGCCUCAAUCUCGGUGCCGCCAACCUCAACGCCAAUCUCGGGCAGGGCGGCAACAUGAACCUCCCGGCCGCUUACAACUUCCUGAAUCACAUGAACAUGGGCAACCUCCCGAACCUCGGUAACGCUGGCGGCGCGGGUGGAAUCAACAUGGCUCAACUUGCCAUGAGCCAGAUGCAGAACCAGAACAACGCGAACCAAGGCAACACGGGCCAGCAGCCGCAGCUGAACGCUGCGACGCUCGCGAGCCUCGGUCAGAUCCCAGGGUUCAACCUCCAGCAGUUCCAGGCGUCGCAGGCAGCACAGAACGCGCAGAACGCGCAGAACGCGCAGAAUAACAAUGGCGGCCAGAGCGCCCUCGGCUUAUUCGGGCAAGGCGGGCUUGGAGGCCUCAACCCGGCCAUGCUCAACCAGUUCCAGCAGCAGCACUAG